UUACCAUGCGCAUGUUGGGUUGACAGUUGCAAAGAAAAAUCAAAUUUGGUUUUCCACUCUCAUAAAAUCCUCUUAAAAUAGUUUCUCUAAACUUUUUAUAAUCAAUUUUAAACAAAAAAUAUGGAAACCGAAAGUACCCUACUGUCGUGUUACAACAGAGGUUGCGGUCAGAAGUUUAACCCCCUCGAGAACCCCAAAGACGCCUGUCGCCAUCAUCCCGGUUUACCUUUCUUUCACGAUGCAUACAAGGGAUGGUCCUGCUGCAACAAGAAAUGUACAGAUUUCACCGAAUUUUUGAACAUUAAAGGCUGCUCGUAUUCGAGCCAUUCAAAUGUUAAACCGGCCGAGCCAGAAAAACCUGUAGUUAAAGAGGUGGAAAAGGAGAUUGUGCAAGUCAAACCGAUGGUUCCCGUUGAAAUUAAAAGACCCCCAAUUGACACACCGAUGACGACAAUGAAACCAGAAAUAGCGCAGUCUUUAAAGCAAGCUUUAAACAACGUUGUUGAACAGGAAGCGGUUAAUAUAAGUGAUAGAUCGGAAAGUAUACCGAUCGGCACUACUUGUAAGAACAAGGGAUGUUCCGUUUCGUACGAAGGGGAACAAAGUCAAACUACCUGCAUGUAUCAUUCGGGUCAACCAAUUUUUCACGAGGGGUUAAAAUAUUGGUCUUGCUGUCAGAAAAAAACUACCGAUUUUAAUGCAUUCUUAAAUCAGAUCGGCUGUGAAAGAGGUAAACACGUCUGGAUUGAGGAGGAGAGCAACGAUAAAGGGAUCGAAUGCAGGUGGGAUUGGCAUCAAACAGGUUCGCACAUUGUCGUCUCAAUUUACGCCAAGGAAUACUGCCCAAACAUAAGUAUCAUUCAAAUUAAUCCGAUUAGGUUGUUUACCGAUUUAGUGUUUCCAAAGCAGUCAAAUGCGAGCUUCACAUUAGACAUUGAAUUACAAAGGGUAAUUGACGUUCGUGCAAGCCAGGCGUCUAUGUACGGUACCAAGGUGGAAAUUAAAUUAAAAAAAGCGGAGCCGGGAAGUUGGACCAAACUAGAAACAGCAAGUGCCGUCAAAGCUGCUAUCAGCACUGCUAAAAAAGUAGAGACUUUGACACCAAAAAUUGAUGCAGUGGAUUUAAGUGAUUUAUAGUGCGAGAAACAAUUUAUUUUUGGUCAUUUUUUAUGACAUUUUAAACUAGAAUCCCACAUCAAUAUUUAAUGAAAUAAUUGGAACCGUUAGGUACUAAUAUAAGAAUUGAUAUUGAUUUCUGUUUGAAAUAACUAGUUUUGUUCUAACACUAAUUACAUACAGAAUUAUUUAGCAUUUUUUCUAUUUUUAUCAGGAAUUUAAUGAUGUGUACUUUUCACAAAAAAGCAUAUGAACUGUGUUUACUUUCCUGUUACUUCUUGACAAUGAGGCGUUGAAUGUGCUAGCCAUGUAAGCAUUAGGAAGGGCACUUAAUAUCAUUAAACAAGCAGCCUUGUGCACACCACAUUUACAUAGGCGUGUAAAUGAAAAAUAAAUUGAAGGUCUAAAAUGUU